AAAUAUAAAAUUGUUUGAAAUACCUAUCGAUAAAUUUGAUUUCGAACACCACACCAUUUAUUUCAAUAUUUAUUUACUUGGGUUUUUUAAAAUCCAAUCUCUGCCGCAAGAUUUUAUCUGAUCUGGGCUUCAUUUUUAUUUCAGAUUUUUCUAGGUUUCGUAUUUUAUUUCUUUUCUUUCUGAGAAAAAAAAAGAAAAGAAAAGAAAAAGAAUCAUACAAUAUUCGGCACAGAUGAAGGUCCACCCAGCGCCGGGAAAGCGGAACAUCACAUUCAGAUACGACGUCGCAUCGCUGCUAGCUCAGGCGAACACCUGCCGGCAAAAGAAGCUGAGGCGUCUCCCUCAUAUCUUCGCGAAGGUUCUAGAGCUUCCCUUCCACUCCGACGCCGACGUCUCGAUCCACGACACCCCUCACUCCAUCAGAUUCACCGCCCCCACCGAUGACAUCAGCGGUGACGUCAGGGCCGACGCCGUCGAGAUCUACCCCGGCGUUACCAAGAUCGUUAUCAGAGGUAACGGCGUCGUUGACUUGUGCGGGAUUGAGCUGGACCUCGAUUUGUGGCGCUUCCGUCUACCUGCUUCGACACUGCCGGAGCUCGCCUCCGCCGCUUACGAAGACGGCGAGCUGGUGGUGACGGUUCCAAAAGGGGCGGCGAUUGAGGAGGAGGAGGAGGAGGAGGACGGCGGUGAAGUGGGAGGUGGGAAUAGACUUGUUCUUGUACAGUAAACCGAUUCCGAUUUUACCCCUGUUUCACUUCUAGAAAUUACUGUCUGUCCUUCACCUUAAUAAUUGGGGAAAAUAAAAAAUGAAAUGUUUUUAUA